AUGGAGCAGGAGGUUCAGAAAUGGCUAGAGGAUGCCACAAAGAAGCUAUCUGCUGCUGAAACGCAGGGUGCUAAGGCUAACACUUUGCUGACAACCACCAAAUCAACAAUUAGUUCAAAUAAUGGCAAAUUGAUCAAGAGUAAUUUCUUACUAGAUUCCAUCAACCAGCUCGUCCAAAUACUAGAAACUAUUCAUGAUUCAGUCGAGCUUAGGCUGAAUGAUAGAAGACAAAGUGUCAAAGCACUAAAGAAUUACUUGGAACUCUCGCUCACUGAAUUGAGAAAAGAGUUUGAUAAGCUGAAACAGAUAAAGAUAGAUGCAAAUUUAUUAUCAGGGGAUCAUAGGACUCUAUAUGAUUUUGUUUCAAAUGAAGUACUGGAAACACUGCUUUCAAAACAGGAUGAAUUAGAGAAGUCCCGUGAAAGUUAUGUGGUGGUGAUUGAACAACAACAAGAGGCACUCAAAACAAAAUUGAACGGUUUCAACAAGCAGUUCAAUCAAUUAGAGAAAGACGUCACGGAAGUCAAUGAUGCAGGCUGGAUCUCCGAUCUCAUUGAUGAAAAUAACAAACUAGAGGAAGAAGUUGCUGGGCUACUAGAAUCCCUCACGAAUCAUUAUGACCAAUGUUCAAGGGGUGCUAGGAUCUUUGAUGGCGAAGAGCCCGAAAUUUCUGAAGUUGAAAAGACAGAAUUGUUUGAAGUUUUGGCUAAAGAUUUCCGAGAAGUUCCAGAUGUUUUGAAUGAUCUAGAGGAAUGUAUUGAAGAUAUUGAACAACGUUGUAAGAAGAUCGAUAGUUACCUAUCAACUAAAUUUUAUGACAUUAAACUCAAGCACUUGGUCCAAGAUUUAACUAGCUUUGGUGAGAAUGAACUAAUGCAGGUCAUGAGUACAUUAGAUAAACAAACUAUUGAUUUCCAAGCUGUGUCUACUGAUAUUAAUGAAAAAUGUGACGAGGCCCAUCAAUUAAUCAACCAUUAUGAACGUUUUGUGGAGUCAUACUAUAGAUUGAUUUUGGAAUUGGACAGACGUCAAGGGGUUCAGCUAUCAAUGGAGAAGGUUUUCAAUGAAGCCAAAACAAAAUUACAAGCCUUGCAAGAAGAUGAUUACAAAAAAAGAGAUACAUUUUUCCAAACCAAUGGAUCAUAUCUUCCAAAUGAUCUUUGGGAGGGUUUAAAUGAUGAUAGCCCCUUGUGUAAUCUCAAGUUUGAAAUUCAUGGGUUACCUGAAAUCAAUCCAUCGACAUUGGCUACGGCAAGAAAAAAUAUUGGUAAAUGA